GCUUAAUCUUAUUGUUCUUUACCUCUUCUUUCUCCCUUUUUGCCUGCCAUAGCUAAAAUCACUUCCUUCAAUUUUCUUUAACUAAGUAUGCCUACUGCAAAUCCUGAUGCAACUGAUCAAGAAAAUGAAUUAUUUGCUGAGGUUGAUCCAUCUGGGAGGUUUGGACGAUACGAGGAGCUGCUUGGCCAUGGUGCAGUGAAGAUGGUGUAUAGGGCAUUUGAUCUUGAGGAAGGCAGAGAAGUAGCGUGGAAUCAGAUUAGAUUGAACAAAUUCAGUGGCAGUCCUUUCAUCAUCAGUAAGAUCCAUUCUGAAAUUGAGUUGCUGAAGAAUUUGAAGAAUGACAACAUCAUUGUCAUGUACCAUUUCUGGAAAGACACUGACCAUAACAUUCUGAAUUUCAUAACCGAGGCAUGUGCCUCUGGUAAUUUGAGGGAAUACAGGAAAAAGCAUCGUCAUGUUUCAAUCAAGGCCUUAAAGAAGUGGUCAAGACAGAUAUUACAGGGCUUGGAUUUUCUCCAUACUCACGAUCCUUGUGUUAUUCAUAGAGACCUCAAUUGCAGUAACAUCUUUAUCAAUGGAAAUGUUGGAAAGGUAAAGAUCGGUGAUCUUGGUUUGGCAACAAUCGUGGGGAAGAGCCAUGCAGCACAUUCUGUACUAGGGACGCCAGAGUAUAUGGCACCAGAGCUUUAUGAAGAGAACUACACAGAGUUGGUAGAUGUAUACUCGUUUGGGAUGUGUUUGAUUGAAAUGGCUACUCUGGAGAUACCUUACAGUGAAUGUGACAGUUUAGCCAAACUAUACAAGAUAGUAACUUCUGGGAAAAAGCCUCAAGCUUUUAACAGGGUGAGCGAUCCCGAGUUAAAGGCCUUCAUUGAAAGAUGCGUUGGGCGGCCAAGAGCAAGACCCUCUGCAGCUGAAUUGUUGAAGGAUCCUUUCCUUUCUGAUUAUGAUGAGAAUGAUCUUGAUAGUUGAUGCAUUAUGUUCAAAUUCUGCUAUUCUAUCAUAGUUGCAAGGGUUCUUGACCGCUGUUUACGGUUGGUUUCAUCAUGGGGCAGUUCAUUUCAAGCUAGCAGAGCUCAACGCUGUCUUAGUCUGUUGAGUACUGUUCUUUGUAGCUCGAGAUAACCUGCCUUCGUCUAACUCGACAAGUGUGACAGAGUGUAAUAUAGUAAUCCAAUUGAGGUGUAAAGUCUGAACUUUAUCAAGUUGAAUAUGUUUGAUAUGA